UGCAUCGUGUGUUAUUUGUUGUUUCAUUUUCGGUGCGACACGGAAUUUGCCGAAAAAAAGGCACUUCUGUAAAGUUUCAGAAAUUAAACGGGGCGGAAAAAGGAUUCUAAAUCCUUUUACAGACUGCGGGCACCAAUUAAUCAACUCAUAGUGACCUGUAGAGUGCACCGAAGUCAGCGACCGAGACCCGGGUAUCUUGAAAGUCAUCAUCACAGUAAGAGCUACUGCAAUUCAAUUUACGUAUAGCUACCGAAGGGAACGAAAAGAUUGCACCUAAUCGGGCCAGCAUACAUCUGGCACAUCAAACGAGAUUGCACAUGACUUAUUCGGCUAUGGCUACACCUUGGCUAUGAGCAUAAAAACAAGCGCCGGCGUGAAGUCGCUAACAAAAAUAUUAAAAAUAUUUCUAUAUCCAGCUUCUUCGAGACGAAUAAUUUACAGAAUGAGUACCAAUGAAAGCAAUGCGAAGACGACGACCGAGUUUGCUAUGGUUCAAGUAUCCUUUGGUGACGAAAAGCAAGCAGCAUUGAUCGCCCGUAUAUUGACAAAUGAAAGGCUUGCGGCGUGCGUGCAUGUCGUGCCCAAUGUAACAUCGUAUUACAUUUGGAACGGAAAAUCAUGCUGCGACCCAGAAACACUGCUAAAGAUCAAAACGCGGGCAUCGCGUGUUGACGACAUCGCUCGUUUCAUUAGGAAGCAUCAUCAUUACGAUGUUCCCGAGAUAGUAUCAUUUCCCAUCCAUAAUGGUGACGCGGAUUAUCUUAACUGGAUUGAAACUCAGGUUUCGGCAGAACCAAACCCAGAGCUACUUGCCAAAACGCUCGAUGAGUUAGUUGCCAAUCUUGAGGGCCACAACGCUGAUAGUUAGCAGAUUUCAUCGCCAUAAAGUAGUAAAGAGUGGGGGUCUAGAGCGGUAAACGAACGUUCAUACAUUGCUUUCUAUUAAUUAUAACACUUACAGUAAUAACAGCCUUGGUUUUGAUUGCUGAUUGAUUUACAUGGUUUGAAUUUAAAGAAUGAAGCGAUUUAUCGUACGAAAU